AUGUCGCAACGAGCAGCUCUCCUCAUUGGCAAACUCGCACAUACAGCGAAAGAGUGGCAAGACGUGGCACAAGUCGCGUCGAAGCUGCACGAGUACCCAGAUGGCAAUCGCGAAGACUUCAUGGCGAAAUGCAAGAGCGGGGAAUUCGACGGCGUCUAUGCACUCUAUCGAGGUAACGACUCCAACCCGAUCACGGGAGACUUCAACGCCGAACUCGUCCAUGUUCUUCCAAAAAGCCUAAAGUACAUCUGCCACAACGGUGCGGGAUACAACAACAUCGACAUCGCAGCAUGCACACAGAGGGGCAUUCAGGUAUCCAGCACACCCAUCGCAGUCAAUGAUGCGACUGCAGAUGUUGCCAUGUUCUUGAUGUUGGGCGCGCUCCGAAACAUCAAGCAGUCUUUCAUGGCCGUCAACCAAGGGAAAUGGCGGGGAAACUUCCAGCUCGGCCACGACCCAAAGAACAAGACGCUCGGCAUCCUCGGUAUGGGUGGCAUCGGCUCAGCAGUCGCCCAUCGCGCAAAGGCUUUUGGCAUGAAGGUUCAAUAUCAUAACCGGAAUCAGCUCUCGCCCAAGGAAGAGAAUGGCGCAAGAUAUGUCAGCUUCGACGAGCUGCUCAAGACGUCCGAUGUGAUUAGCCUGAACCUGGCUCUCAACCCAAGCACGAGACACAUCAUCGGCAAGCCAGAAUUCGAAAAGAUGAAGGACGGUGUGAUUAUCGUAAACACUGCGCGAGGCGCAUUGAUUGACGAAGCUGCGCUGGUAGAUGCGCUCAAGAGUGGCAAGGUAUGGACGGCCGGACUGGACGUCUUUGAGGAGGAGCCCAAGAUUCACCCGGGAUUGUUGGAGACGGACAAUGUGGUACUGUUGCCUCACGUCGGAACAGGCACCUUUGAGACACAGCGCGAUAUGGAACUCCUUGUCAUCGACAACCUAAAGUCGGCAAUCCAGAGCGAUACACUGCUCACACAAGUGCCUGAGCAGAAGAAGGACAGGGCAAACAUAUAG